CAAGCCCACCUUCAACCCCCCAAGGUCUCCUCGAUCGUCCCUGGCUCUUGUCAAAUAUCGAACUCCUCGAUCAGACAGGCCUAUCUUGUCUGCCGCCCCUUCUUCCCCCCGGGCGGCCCUGGGCUCUGGUGAUGCGCACGCGAUGUUGGAGCUUGCAAAUGUUCCACCCUCGUCGCGCGUGGAUCAUGCUGGUCUACGCCAUCCUAUUGUCGCUAUGGCUGACGCUAGCGCAUGGGAUGCGAGACUACCAGAUCAAAGAGCUUAGACAAGAAACCGAGCGCAUGUUCUACCACGGCUAUGAAAAUUACCUCGAACAUGCCUUUCCCGACGACGAACUACGUCCGUUGACGUGUGGCCCCUUGACGCGUGAUAAUAAGAAUUCGGAGCAUAACGAUGUCCUCGGCAAUUACUCCUUGACAUUGAUCGAUAGCCUGUCGACUCUGGCUAUUUUGUCGUCCAGUCCGGAGAGUGGAGACCGAGCGUUUAGAACUUUCCAGGAUGGUGUGAAGGAGUUUGUUAGACUAUAUGGAGAUGGCUCGAAUGGCCCUGCUGGUCGGGGCGAGCGGGCAAGGGGGUUUGAUAUUGAUAGUAAGGUGCAGGUGUUUGAGACUGUGAUUCGAGGGUUGGGUGGACUGCUCAGCUCGCACCUUUUCGCCGUGGGCGAGUUGCCCAUAACCGGAUAUAACCCACCCGAAGCAGAGGUUGCCUAUGCAAGCGCAUGGGACAAGAGCAAAUUUGCGGAAGAUGACCAUGGCAUUGUAUGGAAUAAUAGCUUUGUCUAUGAUGGCCAAUUCCUUCGAUUAGCGGUCGACCUUACCCAGCGUCUCCUUCCGGCAUUCUACACGGGUACGGGCCUCCCUUACCCGCGGGUCAACUUACGGCAUGGGAUUCCGUUCUAUGAGAAUUCGCCAUUGAACCGCAAAUCCAGCAAAGGCAAUGAUCAAAAGUCAAAGUACGCCUAUCUGAAGGCUGAGGAGGAGAUUACGGAGACUUGCAGUGCAGGUGCCGGUAGUUUGGUUCUUGAGUUUACCGUCCUGAGCAGACUCACUGGCGAUGGUCGGUAUGAGGAAUUGGCCAAGCGGGCUUUCUGGGCGGUUUGGUCUUACCGCAGCGAGAUUGGGCUGAUUGGAUUUGGAAUCGACGCGGAGUCGGGCAAGUGGGUGGGACCGUACUCGGGGAUUGGUGCUGGAAUUGACAGCUUCUACGAGUAUGCUUUCAAGUCACACGUUCUUCUGUCGGAAGGAGAGCGGCCACCUUUCGACCCAAACAAUCCUUGGAGCAUCUUGGAUGACUACUACCUGCCUUUGACCCCGGAUCAGCACUCUCCUGAUGCUUUUCUUCAGGUCUGGGAAGAUUCGCACGCAUCGAUCAAUCGCCACCUAUACCGCGGUGAGGGAUAUCAACAUCCCCAUCUGAUCGUUGGCGAUGUGAUCACCGGUGCUACGCGAGCCUUCUGGAUAGAUAGCCUGAGUGCCUACUAUCCAGGUCUGUUAGCUUUGGACGGCAAGAUUGACGAAGCCAUCCAAAUUCACCUGUUGACCACUGCAGUUUGGACACGCUUCUCGGGUCUUCCGGAACGGUGGAACGUGGCUACGGGUGAUAUCGACGGCGGCCUGUCCUGGUACGGAGGCCGGCCCGAAUUCAUCGAGUCCACUUACUACAUCUACCGAGCUACCCAGGAUCCAUGGUAUCUCCAUGUUGGCGAGAUGGUGCUUCGCGAUCUAAAGCGGCGAUGCUGGACCAAGUGCGGCUGGGCCGGUCUGCGGGAUGUCAAGACCGGCGAGAUGAUUGACCGAAUGGAGAGCUUUUUCCUUGGAGAGACCGCCAAGUACAUGUUCUUGCUCUUUUCCCCGGAUCAUCCACUGAACAAAAUUGAUGCACCAUGGGUUUUCAAUACCGAAGGCCAUCCUUUGGUUAUCCCGAAGAAGACGUCGUCGUCCAACUCGAAUCGCCGUCCCAGUCAUCGGCCCAGCCACGAGGAGCAAUUGGUAUCUCAAACAUCUCUUACCAAUACCUGCCAGGCGCUACCGAUCUCAUCGACACUCGGAGUGUCGUUCACAGCCUCGCGAUCUGAUAUCUUCCAUGCCGCCAGCUUGGCCCGACUACAUCUUCGACCUCAUCGUGGUGCCGAAGGUGCCAUCCUGGCAGACUCGUCAGAUCACCCCAGCAUAUCAGUCUCUGACUUAUCCUCGCCAACCAACUACACGUUCUACCCAUGGACUUUGCCACCACAACUCGUCCCCUUCAACGGCACCAGCGCACCCAUGGCCAUCCGCCCAACCCUGGAUAUCUCCUUCCCUUCUCUUCCGGGCGGCGUCAACCUCGGUUCCGGCGCACUCGAGCGCGUGCGCGACGGCAUCCUCAUCAAGACCAUCGGUGGCCUCCGGCUAAGCAUGAUUAAGGACGUCCCGCUCAUUGGGCAAACCUCCGGCACGGGUACCGCGGAAGACGAAGACGGGUAUCGCGUGCAGGUGAUCAACAACGUGCCGCUGGGCAAGGAUGAGAAGGUAUAUCUCUCGCGCCAGAUCACCUUUGACGUUGUUGAUCCGUACGAUCCGAAUUUCACCCGGGUCCGCGACUCCGCAGUGCUAGACCUCGUCAUUGACGUUCUCGCAGACCCCUCUCGCCGUCGCAAUGGCUCAACUGCUCCGCGAGCUAGCCAGCCUGCAGCAGAACAUGCAACAAAGGACGCCAGUCCCCACCGUCGAGCAGCCCCAGCCCCCAACGAGAGCGGAGCCGUCCACGCCCCCGACUCCACCAUGAAGAGCAUGCUAUCGAACCUGCUUAGCUCCGUCUCCGCGUUGAUCAGGGAUGACCCGAACGAGGCAGCCCCGCUGAGACUCAGUCUGCCUGCAACAAUUCCAACGGGCGUCGGGGCCGCACCCCUCCCAGACGUCGAGGACGCCUCUACGAUAUCUCUCUUCGGCAACCCGGCCACCAGCCGCCUGUCCUGGUCUAACAUUUACUUUGCCGGCGAACUCUGCUCGGAGCGUAUCCUCCGCGACAUCGCCCAAAACCACGAAGUUCUCGUCAUCAAACGCGGCGGCUGCACCUUCUCCCAGAAAAUGCGCAACAUCGCCGCAUUCCGGCCGGGACGGUCCUCCCUCAAACUCGUCAUCGUGGUCUCCUACGACGAGGAUCCUUCCAGCACAAAUUCCCAACCAGACCAGAGCCACGGUGAACACUCAACCUCGGGCUCAGAGUCGACCGCGGAUUCAAUCCUGGGAGCACCCCUCGCCGCCCUCCGCGCCGAAGGCUCCCUCAUUCGUCCACACCUUGACGAAGCACAAAUGACGGUCAGCGGUAUCCCGCGCAAUAACCCCCUCAGCAUGGUCAUGGUCGGCGGUGGCGAGGAGACGUAUGCACUGUUGCAGGUUGCGUUGGGAGUGGGUAUCAAGAGACGAUUUACCAUGCGUUCUCGCGGUGUACCUAUCACGAAUCUGUAUAUCAUUUAAAUGCAUUUACAUACCCGGUGAUCAAUCGAGGUGUGGUUCUAAUUUGUACGGGUCUUUCGACGGAUGUGUUUGUGUAUAGCCUAUAGCCUAUUUUAUCCUGGUGGUAUCUACUUGCUGCAUUUAUCAUUGUGGUGAGAGGAUCUUGUUGAACGAUGGUCUAAUGAUAAUCUAGGCAGCUUUGGCCUACGGAUUGACUUCUGGGCAUGAUGGGUGUAUAACAUUUACAAAGAAGCUACCCUCGGUCUGCAUAACCCGAUACCAUAAGACGUCGGUAUUACCGUGACCUUACUCAACGUAGCAAAAGUCAAUCGUAUGUAUCUGAUACCGUUAAUUCAUUCUCAUUCCAAUUUUUCUCUAUAAGCCUCGCUCACGCCGCGAAGCCCGAAUCUCAUCCGGCCAAGCUCAAUUCAAGCCCGAUCCAUUUCGAGAUUCACCCCCUACUCCAGAGCAAUGCACUCAAUCUCAACAAGCACACCCUUGGGCAACUGGUGCACGGCAACACAGCUGCGGGCCGGCUUGUGCACAAAGAACUUCUCAUAGGUAGCGUUCAUCUCGGCAAAGUUGGCCAUAUCGGUCAGGAAGACGUUGACCUUGACAAUCUUGGACACCUCGGAGCCGGCGGCGGUCAGGAUGGCCUGGAUGUUGUUGCAGCAGGCUUGGGUGAGUUCGCCGAUGGAGCCGGUGACGAGGGCGCCGGUGGAGUCGGCGGGGAUCUGGCCGGAGACGAAGAUCUGGCCGUUGGCACGGAUGGCUUGGGACUGGAGAAAGGGGGGGAAGUUAGUGCUGGUUUAUUGAAUUGAGAUUGGAUUGGAUUGGGGAGGGGAUGAGGGUGUGGUGGGCUGUGGGUGUGGGUGUGGUGUAUGAGAGUGUGACGGGUGUUGGGAGCUUGUGUAUGCUUUGUAGCAGGAAAGAAGAACGUACGUAGGGGCCGGCAGCUGUAGAAAGACCUCAUAUUAGCAAAGUGAUCACUUAUAUCAAUCAACUCGUGCUGAGGGACGAGCGUAACACCCAUGAGUCAACUCAAGGCAAGCUCGGGACUCGACCGGAGAAAGUCGAGUAGGGCAGUUCAACGUACGAGGGCAAGCCUCCUUAGAAGUGACGUAAGACAUGUGGGCAGACAUAUUGGGCAGGAAUUGAGGCCGUGAAAGACUAGUCGUUGAAUUCAGAGGAUUGAGAGUGCGAGAGAGAGCUGAAAGACGAGAAAUAGGUCGUUGCAUGGUGGGAUUCAAGGAGGGGAAUAAUAAAGUGGAGGGGGACGGAGUACUGCCGCAGGGCCCCGCUCUUUUGGUCGAAAGUUGG